AGCCGCGGUCCGAGCAGCAGCCAUCCAACAUCUUGGGAUGCUUCGGACCAGGUUUGGGGAGCAAUGGCCUCCAUGUACACCUGAGGAAGGCCUGGAUGAGCUUGUGAAUGUUUUGAUUCACCUGGAGGAUGAGGAUCAGGUGUCUGAGGCAACAAAGGCCACUCUGAAACAGCUGGUCCCAGAGGUGAGGUGGCGGGUAGACCCCAAAACCUAUAGCCUCCAUCGUGUGCUCCAUCAGGCGGCCAAAUAUGUGACAAAAAAGUACAAGAAGGAUCUGGUGCGUGGUGCUGCCUUCAGCUGCAUGCUUCCUUCCUCCAACAAUCUGCCAGCAGUCUCAAGGGUGGCAGCACUCUUUGUCGGACACCUUGCUCACAAGGAUGCAACCUUCAUCAUGUUGGAGGAUAUGGGCUCUUACUGUACAUGGCUUGAAGGGAUGGCCGAGCAUAAUGAUGAAGAGGUGCGGCGUGCAGGAGAAAGCACCAUCUGUGUCAUGCAAAAAGCCAUUAAUGACCAUGCUAAAGGGAGAGUACACACACUAAAGAAAAGGUUUAUCCGGCAUGUGAAAAAAGAAAGAUGCCCCAAAGACUUCAAACACUCAGUGCCUGCUCGAAAAUCAUCAAAGUCAUCAUCCAAAGCUGUAAAAUCCAAAGCUGUAAGAGUGAUUUCGGAGGAGGAUGGCAGUGGGGUAGACAAUGCAGUGACAACAGUAGCUACCACAACUAUCACAACUUCUACUACAAGUCAACCUUCUAGUACAACAAGGCAGCCUUCUACUACAACCACGACAAAGCAGGCUUCUACUACAGUUACAAGGAAACAGCCUUCUACUACAACCACAGUGAAGAAACCUUCCACCACAACAAGGCAGUCUUCUACUAUGACCACCAUAAAGCAAACUCCUACUACAACCAAAGCUGUGGCAACUCCUAGUAUGACUGCAAUGCAGCUGCCUUCUACUGCUGUUACAACGUCAGCUUCUACUAUGACUACAACAAGGCUGCCUUCAACUAUGACCACAACAAGAGAGCCUUCUACAACUGCAAAUCAACCUGACACGGAGCGUACAACCAAAGGAAAUAAAAGUAUUGAAUCAACUUCUUUGAAGACCAUAUUAUCCAAACCCCUUCUCCCCAAUCCAAAAAAGUAACCACAUCCUUCAGCAUUACUACCACAAAACCAUUGAGGCCAAAUACUAGCUUGCCACCUCACACUUCUUCAAGUAUUAGUAAUAUACUGACUUCUACUGUGGCUAAAGUCACAGGUAUGGCUGCUAUGAAAACCACAACUACUCCAGCUAAAGGGACAACAACAAUAUCCAAAAGAGACACUACUACUGUAGCUAUGGAAGCAACUUCAACAGCCGACAGAGACACAACCAAUGCAAACAGCCAGGCUGUAACAAGAAUGGAAAAAAGUGAAGCAACAAAUGAAAUUGAUAAAAGCGAUAUCACAGCUGCAAAUAAAGAGACUACAAUAAUAGACACUAAAGACACAAAUAGUAAUUUAGGCACUGCAAGUCCAAUACAGACAGCAGAUAUUACAACUACAGGGACUCUAAUAACUGAUAAAUCCGAUGCAACUGCAGAUUCCAAAGAAGCAACCACUGCAGAUAAGGAAACAACAUCUGUGGAAAGAAGAGAAUCAACAGCCAUUAAUCAGGAGCCAGGUAUGGAUGAUAAAAAAGACAGUAGUACUGUUGAUGCCACAGUCAUCACUUCAGCUGAUAGAGAAAAGGCAACUACACCUCUCACAGAUACAACUACAAGUAUUGAGAAAGAGAUUAAAGAGUCAACCGCAGAGCAUAAUCAAGAGACAGAAAACUCUAAAGAGAGAUCUGUUACCAGAAUCAAAGAAAAAAAUGACAGUUGGUGAAAUGGAAACUUCAGAAAAUCAAAAAGAUUCUAGUGCAACUGCUGUUAAUGAGGGGAUGCCAACUGAACUGCUGCCAACCGUAGCCGAUAGCUCAAAAAAAGAGACCAUGACUCCAUCAAGCCCAAAUUCUAGAGAUACUACAAACACAAUAGAAUCAGCAAUUACAUCUCGGACCAUCAGAGAAAUUGAUCAAAGUCAGGAACCAACGAACAAGCCAGAGCAACUUGUAACUCUAGAUAAUUCAGAUCUCAUUCCUGAUGUUCUGCUAAGAGGUACACCUCAGCCUGAGGUUGAUUUUGGAAGUGUGAGACCAGAACAGAGUAGUACAGUGACAGAGACAAUAAUAGAGACUGAUCCAACAAGAGACACAGCCAAUCCUGAUGGUGAUGAUAAAAAUUACAAACCAGAAAGUAGUACUACAGUCAGAGCAUCAACAAUGACACAGACUGAGCCAACAAGCAACACAGACAGGCUUGAUGGCAGUUAUACAAAUGACAAGCCAGGAAGUAGCACAACAGUCACAGAGACAAGAGUAACACAGACUGAUCCAACAAAUGAUGCACGCAGACUUGGCAGUGAUAGUAACACACCAGAAGGGACAACUUCUAUACACAGAGUAUAACACAGUCAGAUCCAACAAGUAGCACAUCAAGCCCUGACAGUGAUGUUAAAAAUGACAUACCAAAGGCAACUACUACAAUCGCAGAGACAAUAAUACAGACUGAUCUCUCAAGUGACAUACCUACUCCUGAUGGUGAUGAUAAAAAUAAAAAAUCAGGAAGCAGCACUACAGAGACAACAACAACACAGACUGAUGGAGAUGAUAAAAGUGACAAGCCAGAAGGAACUACUAUAGUUGCAAAGACAAAAAUACAGACUGAUCUCCCAAGUGACACAUUUACUCCUGAUGAUGCUGAUAAAAACCAAAAGCCAGAAAGCAGUACCAUAGUCAUGGGGACAACACCAACUGAUCUAGGUGACACAUCCAAUCCUGAGGACACUAACAAAAGUGACAAACCAGAAGGGACUACUAGAGUCACAGAAACAACACAGACUGAUCCAGGUGACACAACCAAUCCUGAUGGUGGUAAUAAAAGUGACAAAUCAGAAAGGACUACUACAGUCACAGAGACAAUCAUAACAGAGACUGAUCCAGAAAAUGGCACACCUAGCCCUGUUGGUGAUGAUAAAAGUGACAGGCCAGAAGGGACUACCACAGUCACAGAGAGAAGCAUAACAGAGACUGAUCCAGCAAAUGACACACCUAGCCCUGUUGGUGACGAUAAAAGUGUUAGGCCAGAAGGGACUACCACAGUCACAGAGACAAUCAUAACAGAGACCUGCCCUGAAAGUGAUUACAAAAAUGACAGACCUGCAGAGACCACAACAGUCAGAGAGACAGUAAUAACAGAAACAAUAAUAACAGACACUGAUCUAAGAAGUGGUACACCCAAACCUGAAAGUAAUGAUAAAAAUGACAGACCUGAAGGGACCACAACAGUUACAGAGACGAUAACCAUACAGACCGAUCCAGCAAAUGGCACACACAACCCUGUUGGUGAUGAUAAAAAUGACAAACCAGAAACAACCACUACAGUCAGAGAAACCAUUACAACAGGAACUGAUCCUUCUUCAAGCGAUCCAGAGAUACAAAAAAUAGCAUCAUCACCCUCUAAGCCACCAAAUGAUGAGCCUAGUCCGAAUGGCAACAGGAAUGGUGACAGGCCAGAUGAUACUACAGAAAUAAUGGAGACAACAACAAUAAUCACAGAAACUAAUACACCAAAUCCCAAUCAAAACGAUUCCCCUAAUCCUGAUGAAAGUGACAGACCAGACAGCGUCACUACAGUCACAAAAACAACCACAACCACAACAGAAUCAAACCCAAAGGACGGUGAUAAAAAUGGCAAGACAGAAGUUAUCACUAAAGUUACAUGGAUAACUACUACUACUACCACCACCACCACCCAGUAAAAUACAACUGAACAACCAGAAACAACCACACGUGAUGUUACAACUAAUACAAAAAUUGACCUUGUUUCAGAUAAACCCACCACAGAAAAUCCAACUAACAAGAAUACAAAUACUACAGUAACACAGGUGACGACAACUUCCUCGGUGACAUCCAAACCUCUGAGCACCCCAACUUCUACAGUUGAUAAGACUACACAGUAUACCUCCACUUUGCCCGCCACACUUACAACUACAAAAAGAAGAGUGAUCUAUUACCCAACUACAAUAUAUUCCACAACAAGAUCUCCUGAGUGAACUCCUAAUAUAACCAGAGAGUAUGUUCGACCAGAAAAGAUUGCCACACCCUUAUUGUACAAAGCAAGUCCCAGGAGCACUGGUAGGCAAUAUUCCGUGCUGCCGGAUACUAACUGAGGUGGCAAAAUGGAUUCCGGAGUGCAGCAAAGUUGCGAUAAAAAAUCAUCAUAGUCAUCAUCCAAAGCUGUAAGAGUGAUUUCGGAGGAGGAUGGCAGUAGGGUAGACAAUGUAGUGACAACAGUAGCUACCACAACUACCACAACUUCUACUACAAGUCAACCUUCUAGUACAACAAGGCAGCCUUCUACUACAACCACGACAAAGCAGGCUUCUACUACAGUUACAAGGAAACAGCCUUCUACUACAACCACAGUGAAGAAACCUUCCACCACAACAAGGCAGUCUUCUACUAUGACCACCAUAAAGCAAACUCCUACUACAAACAAAGCUGUGGCAACUCCUAGUAUGACUGCAAUGCAGCUGCCUUCUACUGCUGUUACAAUGUCAGCUUCUACUAUGACCACAACAAGGCUGCCUUCAACUAUGACCACAACAAGAGAGCCUUCUACAACUGCAAAUCAACCUGACACGGAGCGUACAACCAAAGGAAGUAAAAGUAUUGAAUCAACUUCUUUGAAGACCAUAUUAUCCAAACCCCUUCUCCCCAAUCCAAAAAAGUAACCACAUCCUUCAGCAUUACUACCACAAAACCAUUGAGGCCAAAUACUAGCUUGCCACCUCACACUUCUUCAAGUAUUAGUAAAAUACUGACUUCUACUGUGGCUAAAGUCACAGGUACGGCUGCUAUGAAAACCACAACUACUCCAGCUAAAGGGACAACGACAAUAUCCAAAAGAGACACUACUACUGUAGCUAUGGAAGCAACUUCAACAGCCGACAGAGACACAACCAAUGCAAACAGCCAGGCUGUAACAAGAAUGGAAAAAAGUGAAGCAACAAAUGAAAUUGAUAAAAGUGAUAUCACAGCUGCAAAUAAAGAGACUACAAUAAUAGACACUAAAGACACAAAUAAUAAUUUAGGCACUGCAAGUCCAAUACAGACAGCAGAUAUUACAACCACAGGGACUCUAAUAACUGAUAAAUCCGAUGCAACUGCAGAUUCCAAAGAAGCAACCACUGCAGAUAAGGAAACAACAUCUGUGGAAAGAAGAGAAUCAACAGCCAUUAAUCAGCCAGGUAUGGAUGAUAAAAAAGACAGUAGUACUGUUGAUGCCACAGUUAUCACUUCAGCUGAUAGAGAAAAGGCAACUACACCUCUCACAGAUACAACUACAAGUAUUGAGAAAGAGAUUAAAGAGUCAACCGCAGAGCAUAAUCAAGAGACAGAAAACUCUAAAGAGAGAUCUGUUACCAGAAUCAAAGAAAAAAUGACAGUUGGUGAAAUGGAAACUUCAGAAAAUCAAAAAGAUUCUAGUGCAACUGCUGUUACUGAGGGGAUGCCAACUGAAUUGCUGCCAACCGUAGCCGAUAGCUCAAAAAAAGAGACCAUGACUCCAUCAAGCCCAAAUUCUAGAGAUACUACAAACACAAUAGAAUCAGCAAUUACAUCUCGGACCAUCAGAGAAAUUGAUCAAAGUCAGGAACCAACGAACAAGCCAGAGCAACUUGUAACUCUAGAUAAUUCAGAUCUCAUUCCUGAUGUUCUGCUAAGAGGUACACCUCAGCCUGAGGUUGAUUUCGGAAGUGUGAGUCCAGAAACAGAGUAGUACAGUGACAAUAAUAGAGACUGAUCCAACAAGAGACACAGCCAAUCCUGAUGGUGAUGAUAAAAAUUACAAACCAGAAAGUAGUACUACAGUCAGAGCAUCAACAAUGACACAGACUGAACCAACAAGCAACACAGACAGGCUUGAUGGCAAUUAUACAAAUGACAAGCCAGGAAGUAGCACAACAGUCACAGAGACAAGAGUAACACAGACUGAUCCAACAAAUGAUGCACGCAGACUUGGCAGUGAUAGUAACACACCAGAAGGGACAACUUCUAUACACAGAGUAUAACACAGUCAGAUCCAACAAGUAGCACAUCAAGCCCUGACAGUGAUGUUAAAAAUGACAUACCAAAGGCAACUACUACAAUCGCAGAGACAAUAAUACAGACUGAUCUCUCAAGUGACAUACCUACUCCUGAUGGUGAUGAUAAAAAUAAAAAAUCAGGAAGCAGCACUACAGCAGUACUCACAGAGACAACAACAACACAGACUGAUGGAGAUGAUAAAAGUGACAAGCCAGAAGGAACUACUAUAGUUGCAAAGACAAAAAUACAGACUGAUCUCCCAAGUGACACAUUUACUCCUGAUGAUGCUGAUAAAAACCAAAAGCCAGAAAGCAGUACCAUAGUCAUGGGGACAACACCAACUGAUCUAGGUGACACAUGCAAUCCUGAGGACACUAACAAAAGUGACAAACCAGAAGGGACUACUAGAGUCACAGAAACAACACAGACUGAUCCAGGUGACACAACCAAUCCUGAUGGUGGUAAUAAAAGUGACAAAUCAGAAAGGACUACUACAGUCACAGAGACAAUCAUAACAGAGACUGAUCCAGAAAAUGGCACACCUAGCCCUGUUGGUGAUGAUAAAAGUGACAGGCCAGAAGGGACUACCACAGUCACAGAGAGAAGCAUAACAGAGACUGAUCCAGCAAAUGACACACCUAGCCCUGUUGGUGACGAUAAAAGUGUCAGGCCAGAAGGGACUACCACAGUCACAGAGACAAUCAUAACAGAGACCUGCCCUGAAAGUGAUUAUAAAAAUGACAGACCUGCAGAGACCACAACAGUCAGAGAGACAGUAAUAACAGAAACAAUAAUAACAGACACUGAUCUAAGAAGUGGUACACCCAAACCUGAAAGUAAUGAUAAAAAUGACAGACCUGAAGGGACCACAACAGUUACAGAGACGAUAUCCAUACAGACCGAUCCAGCAAAUGGCACACACAACCCUGUUGGUGAUGAUAAAAAUGACAAACCAGAAACAACCACUACAGUCAGAGAAAUCAUUACAACAGGAACUGAUCCUUCUUCAAGUGAUCCAGAGAUACAAAAAAUAGCAUCAUCACCCUCUAAGCCACCAAAUGAUGAGCCUAGUCCGAAUGGCAACAGGAAUGGUGACAGGCCAGAUGAUACUACAGAAAUAAUGGAAACAACAAUAAUAUUCUGUGCUGCCGGAUACUAAUUGAGGUGGCAAAAUGGAUGCCGGAGUGCAGCAAAGUUGCGGUAAGAAAUUGGAAAUCGCCUUCGGGUCAACUGCUCUUCAUCUGCGUAACCAGAGCUGCAUCUAUCCUGCCAUUGCACAAGCAGAGAGAAGCUAAAAAGAAACAAAAAAGAAGAAAUUCCCAAAAGAUGGGUGCCCGCCUUAUUCCCCAAGAUUGGCUGCAAUUGGCUGCAAAAUGACUACAUUGGCUCAAUUCUCCCUCAAUGGGGGAGUGUAUCUAUUGAUGCUCGGUUGCUCCUCCCACCUGCUCUGAGACAGGGCCAAUCAGGUGAUAACAGGGCUCUCAAUACAUUGAUCACCCAUUCAAAUCUCUAUGGUAGGCCUGCACAACUCAAAUGACCUGGUGUGUCGCAAAUGACCAUGAUAUGGCUCAUGGGGGCCAAAGUCACUGAUUAUUAAAUUAACACCUAAUAUCAAUCAAUUAAUCAAAUCAAAUUAAAAUGAAUUUAAUUAAAAUGAAUUUAAUUAAAAUUUAACUUUUGAACUUCUGGCUGGGAAGAAUUAAUUUAAAUUAAAAUAAAAUAAAUUGAAUUAAAAAUUCUAAUAAAAUAUAUACAAUGCAACCUGUACAAAAUACAUAACAAAAUGCAUUGUUCUUCCUUUCCACCUCUCCCAAAAUGGGGCAGUCUGGGGGGGGGAGAGAAUGGAGCAGUCUUGGCGAGAGGGAGAGAGAGAGAGAGACGGAGAGAAUGGAGCGGUCUUGGGGAGAGGGAGAGAUAGAGAAUGCAGCAGUCUUGGCGCGAGAGAGAGAGAGAAUGCAGCAGUCUUGGCGAGAGGGAGAGAGAGAGAGAAUGGAGCGGUCUUGGCGAGAGAGAGAGAGAGAGGAGCAGUCUUGGUGAGAGAGGGUGAGAGAGAGAGAAUGGAGCGGUCUUGGCGAGAGGGGAGAGAAUGAGAAUGGAGCAGUCUGGAGAGAGAGAGAGAGAGAGGGAGAGAGAAUGGAGCAAUCUUGGAGAGAGAGAGAGGAGCAGUCUUGGUGAGAGAGGGUGAGAGAGAGAGAAUGGAGCGGUCUUGGCGAGAGGGGAGAGAAUGAGAAUGGAGCGGUCUUGGCGAGAAGGAGAGAGAGAGAGAAUGGAGCGGACUUGGGGAGAGGGGGAGAGAGAGAGGAGUAGUCUUGGAGAGAGAGAGAGAAUGCAGCAGUCUUGGCGAGAGGGGAGACAGAGAGAGAAUGGAGCGGUCUUGGCGAGAGGGGAGAGAAUGAGAAUGGAGCGGUCUUGGCAAGAGGGAGAGAGAGAGAGAAUGGAGCGGUCUUGGGGAGAGGGGGAGAGAGAGAGAGAGAGUGAGAAAGAAUGGAGCAGUCUUGGCGAGAGGGAGAGAGAGAGAGAGAGAGAGAGAGAGAGAGAGAGAGAAUGGAGCAGUCUUGGCGAGAGGGGGAGAGAGUGAGAGAGAAUGGAGCAGUCUUGGCGAGAGGGAGAGAGAAAGGGAGGGAGAGAGAGAAUGGAGCGGUCUUAGCGAGAGGGGAGAGAGAGAGAUAGAAUGCGGCAGUCUUGGCGAGGGAGGGAGAGAGAAUGCAGCGGUCUUGGCGAGAGGGGAGAGAGAGAGAAUGAAGCAGUCAUAGCGAGAGUGGGAGAGAGAGAAAGGAGCAGUCUUGUGCAAUACAGAGAGAGAGAGAGAGAGAGAAUGGUGUAGUCUUGGAGAGAGAGGGAGAGAGAAUGAAGCACUCUUGGAGAGAGGGAGAGAGAGAGAAUGGAGCGGUCUCGGAGAGAGGGAGGGAGAGAGAGAGCAGCAGUCUUGGCGAGGAGGAGAGAGAAUGCAGCAGUCUUGGAGAGAGGGGAAAGAGAGAAUGCAGCAGUCUUGGCGAGAGGGAGAGAGAGUCAGAGAAUGGAGCAGUCUUGGAGAGAGAGCGAGAGAGAGAAUGGAGCAGUCUUGGUGAGAGGGAGAGGGAGAGAGAGAAUGGAGCGGUCUUGGAGAGAGAGAAAGAGAGAACGCAGCAGUCUUGGCAAGAGGGGGAGAGAUAGAUAAAAUGGAGCGGUCUUGACGAGAGGUAGAGAGAUAGAGAAUGGAGCUGUCUUGGAUAUAUAUAUAGAGAGAGAGAACGCAGCACUCUUGGCGAGAGGGGGAGAGAGAGAGAAUGGAGCGGUCUUGGAGAGAGAGAGAGAGAGAGAGAGAGAGAGAAUGCAGCAAUCUUGACGAGAUGGGGAGAGAGAGAGAAUGGAGCAGUCUUGUGCGAGAGAGAGAGAGAGAAUGGAGCCAUCUUGGUGAGAGGGAGAGAGAGAGAGAAAGAGAGAGAGAGAAUGAGAAUGCAGCAGUCUUGGCGACAGGGGGAGAGGGAGAGAAUGGAGCAGUCUUGGCGAGAGGGAGAGAGAAAGGGAGGGAGAGAGAGAAUGGAGCGGUCUUAGCGAGAGGGGAGAGAGAGAGAUAGAAUGCGGCAGUCUUGGCGAGGGAGGGAGAGAGAAUUCAGCGGUCUUGGCGAGAGGGGAGAGAGAGAGAAUGAAGCAGUCAUAGCGAGAGUGGGAGAGAGAGAAAGGAGCAGUCUUGUGCAAUACAGAGAGAGAGAGAGAGAGAAUGGUGUAGUCUUGGAGAGAGAGGGAGAGAGAAUGAAGCACUCUUGGAGAGAGGGAGAGAGAGAGAAUGGAGCGGUCUCGGAGAGAGGGAGGGAGAGAGAGAGCAGCAGUCUUGGCGAGGAGGAGAGAGAAUGCAGCAGUCUUGGAGAGAGGGGAAAGAGAGAAUGCAGCAGUCUUGGCGGGAGGGAGAGAGAGUCAGAGAAUGGAGCAGUCUUGGAGAGAGAGAGAGAGAGAGAGAGAAUGGAGCAGUCUUGGUGAGAGGGAGAGGGAGAGAGAGAAUGGAGCGGUCUUGGAGAGAGAGAAAGAGAGAACGCAGCAGUCUUGGCAAGAGGGGGAGAGAUAGAUAAAAUGGAGCGGUCUUGACGAGAGGUAGAGAGAUAGAGAAUGGAGCAGUCUUGGAUAUAUAUAUAUAGAGAGAGAACGCAGCACUCUUGGCGAGAGGGGGAGAGAGAGAGAAUGGAGCGGUCUUGGAGAGAGAGAGAGAGAGAGAGAGAGAGAGAGAGAGAGAGAGAAUGCAGCAAUCUUGAUGAGAUGGGGAGAGAGAGAGAAUGGAGCAGUCUUGUGCGAGAGAGAGAGAGAAUGGAGCCAUCUUGGUGAGAGGGAGAGAGAGAGAGAAAGAGAGAGAGAGAAUGAGAAUGCAGCAGUCUUGGCGACAGGGGGAGAGGGAGAGAAUGGAGCAGUCUUGUGCGAGAGAGAGAGAGAGAGAAUGGAGCAGUCUUGGUGAGAGUGAGAGAGAAUGGAGCAGUCUUGGCAAGAGGGGAGAGAGAGAGAAUGGAGCGGUCUUGGUGAGAGAGAGGGAGAGAGAGAGAAUGGAGCAGUCUUGGAGAGAGAGAAUGCAGCAGUAUUGGCAAGAGGGGGAGAGAGGGAGAGAGAAUGGAGCAGUCUUGGAGAGAGAGAGAACACAGCAGUCUUGGCGAAAUGGGGAGAGAGAGAGAAUGGAGCAGUCUUGGAGAAAGAGAGAGAGAGAGAGAGAGAAUGGAGCAGUCUUGGUGAGAGGGAGAGGGAGAGGGAGAGAGAGAAUGGAGCGGUCUUGGAGAGAGAGAGAGAGAGAGAGAACCCAGCAGUCUUGGCAAGAGGGGGAAAGUUAGAGAAAAUGGAGCGGUCUUGGCGAGAGGUAGAGAGAGAGAGAAUGGAGCAGUCUUGGAUAUAUAUAUAGAGAGAGAGAACGCAGCACUCUUGGCGAGAGGGGGAGAGAGAGAGAAUGGAGCAGACUUGGAGAGAGAGAGAGAGACAGAGAGAAUGGAGCCGUCUUGGUGAGAGAGAGAGAGAGAGAGAAAGAGAGAGAGAGAAUGAGAAUGCAGCAGUCUUGGCGACAGGGGGAGAGGGAGAGAAUGGAGCAGUCUUGUGCGAGAGAGAGAUAAUGGAGCGGUCUUGGAGAGAGGGAGAGAGAGAGAAUGGAGCAGUCUUGGAGAGAGAGAGAGAGAGAGAGAGAGAGAGAGAGAAUGGAGCAGUCUUGUGCGAGAGAGAGAGAAUGGAGCAGUCUUGGUGAGAGGGAGAGGGAGAGAGAAUGGAGCAGUCUUGGCGAGAGGGGAGAGAGAGAGAAUGGAGCAGUCUCGGAGAGAGGGAGGGAGAGAGAGAGAAUGGAGCAGUCUUGGCGAGGGAAAUAGAGAGAAUGCAGCAGUCUUGCCGAGGGAGUGAGAGAGAGAAUGCAGCAGUCUUGGCAUGAGGGGGAGAAAGAGAAUGCAGCAGUCUUGUGAGAGAGAGAGAGAGACAGAGAAUGGAGCAGUCUUGUGAGAGAGAGAGAGAGAGAGAAUGGAGCGAUCUUCGCGAGAGAGAGAGAUAAUGGAGCGGUCUUGGAGAGAGGGAGAGAGAGAGAAUGGAGCAGUCUUGUAGAGAGUGAGAGAGAACACAGCAGUAUUGGCGAGAGGGGGAGAGAGAGAGAAUGGAGCGGUCUUGGGGGGAGAGAGAGAGAGAGAGAAUGCAGCAAUCUUGACGAGAUGGGGAGAGAGAGAGAAUGGAGCAGUCUUGUGCGAGAGAGAAAGAGAGAGAGAAUGGAGCAGUCUUGGUGAGAGUGAGAGAGAAUGGAGCAGUCUUGGCGAGAGGGGAGAGAGAGAGAAUGGAGCGGUCUUGGGGAGAGAGAGAGAGAGAGAGAGAGAAUGGAGCAGUCUUGGGAGAGAGAGAAUGCAGCAGUCUUGGCGAGAGGGGGAGAGAGGGAGAGAGAAUGGAGCAGUCUUGGAGAGAGAGAGAGAGAGAGAGAGAGAGAGAGAGAGAGAGAGAACACAGCAGUCUUGGCGAAACAGGGAGAGAGAGAGAAUGGAGCAGUCUUGGAGCGAGAGAGAGAGUGAGAGAGAAUGGAGCAGUCUUGGUGAGAGUGAGAGAGAAUGGAGCAGUCUUGGCGAGAGGGGAGAGAGAGAGAAUGGAGCGGUCUUGGGGAGAGAGAGGGAGAGAGAGAGAAUGGAGCAGUCUUGGAGGGAGAGAGAGAGAGAAUGGAGCAGUCUUGGGAGAGAGAGAAUGGAGCAGUCUUGGCGAGAGGGGGAGAGAGGGAGAGAGAAUGGAGCAGUCUUGGCGAGAGGGGGAGAGAGAGAGAGAGAAAGAACACAGCAGUCUUGGCGAAACGGGGAGAGAGAGAGAAUGGAGCAGUCUUGGAGAGAGAGAGAGAGAGAAUGGAGCAGUCUUGGUGAGAGGGAGAGGGAGAGAGAGAAUGGAGCGGUCUUGGAGAGAGAGAAAGAGAGAACGCAGCAGUCUUGGCAAGAGGGGGAGAGAUAGAGAAAAUGGGGCGGUCUUGGCGAGAGGUAGAGAGAGAGAGAAUGGAGCAGUCUUGGAUAUAUAUAUAGAGAGAGAGAACGCAGCACUCUUGGCGAGAGGGGGAGAGAGAGAGAAUGCAGCAAUCUUGACGAGAUGGGGAGAGAGAGAGAAUGGAGCAAUCUUGUGCGAGAGAGAGAGAGAGAGAGAGAGAGAGAAUGGAGCUGUCUUGGAUAUAUAUAUAGAGAGAGAGAACGCAGCAGUCUUGGCAAGAGGGGAGAGAGAGAGAAUGGAGCAAUCUUGGAGAGAGAGAGAGAGAGAGAGAGAGAGAGAGAAUGGAGCAGUCUUGUGCGAGAGAGAGAGAGAAUGGAGCCAUCUUGGUGAGAGGGAGAGAGAGAGAGAAAGAGAGAGAGAGAAUGAGAAUGCAGCAGUCUUGGCGACAGGGGGAGAGGGAGAGAAUGGAGCAGUCUUGAGAGAGAGAGAGAGAGAGAGAGAGAGAGAAUGGAGCAGUCUUGGUGAGAGUGAGAGAGAAUGGAGCAGUCUUGGCGAGAGGGGAGAGAGAGAGAAUGGAGCGGUCUUGGGGAGAGAGAGGGAGAGAGAGAGAAUGGAGCAGUCUUGGAGAGAGAGAGAGAGAAUGGAGCAGUCUUAGGAGAGAGAGAAUGCAGCAGUAUUGGCAAGAGGGGGAGAGAGGGAGAGAGAAUGGAGCAGUCUUGGAGAGAGAGAGAGAGAGAACACAGCAGUCUUGGCGAAACGGGGAGAGAGAGAGAAUGGAGCAGUCUUGGGGAGAGAGAGAGAGAGAGAGAGAGAAUGGAGCAGUCUUGGUGAGAGGGAGAGGGAGAGAGAGAAUGGAGCGGUCUUGGAGAGAGAGAGAGAGAACGCAGCAGUCUUGGCAAGAGGGGGAAAGAUAGACAAAAUGGAGCUGUCUUGGCGAGAGGUAGAGAGAGAGAGAAUGGAGCAGUCUUGGAUAUAUAUAUAGAGAGAGAGAGAACGCAGCACUCUUGGCGAGAGGGGGAGAGAGAGAGAAUGGAGCAGUCUUGGAGAGAGAGAGAGAGACAGAGAGAAUGGAGCCAUUUUGGUGAGAGAGAGAGAGAGAGAGAGAGAGAGAGAAUGAGAAUGCAGCAGUCUUGGCGACAGGGGGAGAGGGAGAAAAUGGAGCAGUCUUGUGCGAGAGAGAGAUAAUGGAGCGGUCUUGGAGAGAGGGAGAGAGAGAGAAUGGAGCAGUCAGAGAGAGAGAGAAUGCAGCUGUCUUGUGCGAGAGAGAGGGAGAGAGAGAGAAUGGAGCAGUCUUGGUGAGAGGGAGAGGGAGAGAGAAUGGAGCAGUCUUGGCGAGAGGGGAGAGAGAGAGAAUGGAGCGGUCUCGGAGAGAGGGAGGGAGAGAGAGAGAAUGCAGCAGUCUUGCCGAGGGAGAGAGAGAGAGAAUGCAGCAGUCUUGGCAUGAGGGGGAGAAAGAGAAUGCAGCAGUCUUGUGAGAGAGAGAGAGAGAGAGAAUGGAGCAGUCUUGUGCGAGAGAUAGAGAGAGAGAGAAUGGAGGGAUCUUGGCGAGAGAGAGAGAUAAUGGAGCGGUCUUGGAGAGAGGGAGAGAGAGAGAAUGGAGCAGUCUUGUAGAGAGUGAGAGAGAACACAGCAGUAUUGGGGAGAGGGGGAGAGAGAGAGAAUGGAGCGGUCUUGGAGAGAGAGAGAGAGAGAGAGAGAGAGAAUGCAGCAAUCUUGACGAGAUGGGGAGAGAGAGAGAAUGGAGCAGUCUUGUGCGAGAGAGAGAGAGAGAGAAUGGAGCAGUCUUGGUGAGAGUGAGAGAGAAUGGAGCAGUCUUGGCGAGAGGGGAGAGAGAGAGAAUGGAGCGUUCUUGGGGAGAGAGAGUGAGAGAGAGAGAAUGGAGCAGUCUUGGAGAGGGAGAGAGAGAGAGAGAGAGAGAGAGAGAAUGGAGCAGUCUUGGGAGAGAGAGAAUGCAGCAGUCUUGGCGAGAGGGGGAGAGAGGGAGAGAGAAUGGAGCAGUCUUGGAGAGAGAAAGAGAGAGAGAGAGAGAGAGAGAGAGAGAACACAGCAGUCUUGGCGAAACAGGGAGAGAGAGAGAAUGGAGCAGUCUUGGAGAGAGAGAGAGAGUGAGAGAGAAUGGAGCAUUCUUGGGGAGAGGGAGAGGGAGAGAGAGAAUGGAGCGGUCUUGGAGAGAGAGAAAGAGAACGCAGCAGUCUUGGCAAGAGGGGGAGAGAUAGAGAAAAUGGAGCGGUCUUGGCGAGAGGUAGAGAGAGAGAGAAUGGAGCAGUCUUGGAUAUAUAUAGAGAGAGAGAGAGAACGCAGCACUCUUGGCGAGAGGGGGAGAGAGAGAGAAUGGAGCGGUCUUGGAGAGAGAGAGAGAGAGAGAAUGCAGCAAUCUUGACGAGAUGGGGAGAGAGAAAGAAUGGAGCAGUCUUGUGUGAGAGAGAGAGAGAGAGAGAGAGAUAGAAUGGAGCAGUCUUGGUGAGAGUGAGAAAGAAUGGAGCACUCUUGGCUAGAGGGGAGAGAGAGAAUGGAGCGGUCUUGGGGAGAGAGAGGGAGAGAGAGAGAAUGGAGCAGUCUUGGAGAGAGAGAGAGAAUGGAGCAGUCUUGGGAGAGAGAGAAUGCAGCAGUCUUGGCGAGAGGGGGAGAGAGGAAGAGAGAAUGGAGCAGUCUUGGAGAGAGAGAGAGAGAGAGAGAGAGAGAGAGAGAGAGAACACAGCAGUCUUGGCGAAACGGGGAGAGAGAGAAUGGAGCAGUCUUGGUGAGAGGGAGAGGGAGAGAGAGAAUGGAGCGUUCUUGGAGAGAGAGAAAGAGAGAACGCAGCAGUCUUAUCAAGAGGGGGAGAGAUAGAGAAAAUGGAGCGGUCUUGGCGAGAGGUAGAGAGAGAGAGAAUGGAGCAGUCUUGGAUAUAUAUAUAGAGAGAGAGAGAACGCAGCACUCUUGGCGAGAGGGGGAGAGAGAGAGAAUGGAGCAGUCUUGUGCGAGAGAGAGAGAGAGAAUGGAGCCAUCUUGGUGAGAGGGAGAGGGAGAGAGAAAGAGAGAGAGAGAAUGAGAAUGCAGCAGUCUUGGCGACAGGGGGAGAGGGAGAGAAUUGAGCAGUCUUGUGCGAGAGAGAGAUAAUGGAGCGGUCUUGGAGAGAGGGAGAGAGAGAGAAUGGAGCAGUCUUGUAGAGAGUGAGAGAGAACACAGCAGUAUUGGCGAGAGGGGGAGAGAGAGAGAAUGGAGCGGUCUUGGAGAGAGAGAGAGAGAAUGCAGCAAACUUGACGAGAUGGGGAGAGAGAGAGAAUGGAGCAGUCUUGGCGAGAGGGGAGAGAGAGAGAAUGGAGCGGUCUUGGGGAGAGAGAGGGAGAGAGAGAGAAUGGAGCAGUCUUGGAGAGAGAGAGAGAGAGAGAGAGUGAAUGGAGCAGUCUUAGGAGAGAGAGAAUGCAGCAGUCUUGGCGAGAGGGGGAGAGAGGGAGAGAGAAUGGAGCAGUCUUGGAGAGAGAGAGAGAGAGAGAGAACACAGCAGUCUUGGCGAAACGGGGAGAGAGAGAAUGGAGCAGUCUUGGAGAGAGAGAGAGAGAGAAUGGAGCAGUCUUGGUGAGAGGGAGAGGGAGAGAGAGAAUGGAGCGGUCUUGGAGAGAGAGAAAGAGAGAACGCAGCAGUCUUGGCAAGAGAGGGAGAGAUAGAGAAAAUGGAGCGGUCUUGGCGAGAGGGGGAGAGAGAGAGAAUGGAGCAGUCUUGGAUAUAUAUAUAUAGAGAGAGAACGCAGCACUCUUGGCGAGAGGGGGAGAGAGAGAGAAUGGAGCAGUCUUGGAGAGAGAGAGAGAGACAGAGAGAAUGGAGCCAUCUUGUUGAGAGGGAGAGAGAGAGAGAGAUAGAGAGAGAGAAUGAGAAUGCAGCAGUCUUGGCGACAGGGGGAGAGGGAGAGAAUGGAGCAGUCUUGUGCGAGAGAGAGAUAAUGGAGCGGUCUUGGAGAGAGGGAGAGAGAGAGAAUGGAGCAGUCUUGGAGGGAAAGAGAGAGAGAUUGGAGCAGUCAGAGAGAGAGAGAAUGCAGCUGUCUUGUGCGAGAGAGAGGGAGAGAGAGAGAAUGGAGCAGUCUUGGUGAGAGGGAGAGAGAGAGAAUGGAGCAGUCUUGGGGAGAGAGAGAGAGAGAGAGAAUGCAGCUGUCUUGCGAGAGAGAGAGAGAGAGAGAGAGAGAGAGAGAGAGAGAAUGGAGCAGUCUUGGCAAGAGGGGAGAGAGAGAGAAUGGAGCAGUCUUGGAGAGAGAGAGAGGGAAUGCAGCAGUCAUGGCAUGAGGGGGAGAGAGAGAAUGCAGUAGUCCUGUGCUAGAGAGAGAGAGAGAGACAGAGAGAGAAUGGAGCAGUCUUGUGCGAGAGAUAGAGAGAGAGAGAAUGGAGCGAUCUUGGCGAGAGGGAGAGGGGGAGAGAGAGAGAGAGAGAGAGAAUGGAGCAGUCUUGGAGAGAGUGAGAGAGAACGCAGCAGUCUUGGCGAGAGGGGAGAGAGAGAGAACGCAGCGGUCUUGGCGAGAGGGGAGAGAGAGAGAAUGAAGCAGUCUUGGCGAGAGGGGGAGAGAGAGAGAAUGGAGUGGUCUUGGAUAGAGAGAGAGAGAGAGAGAGAGAGAGAGAGAGAGAGAGAGAGAGAGAGAGAAUGGAGCCAUCUUGGUGAGAGGGAGAGAGAGAGAGAGAGAGAGAGAGAGAGAGAGAGAGAGAGAGAGAAUGAGAAUGCAGUAGUCUUGGCGACAGGGGGAGAGGGAGAGAAUGGAGCAGUCUUGUGCGAGAGAGAGAUAACUGAGCGGUCUUGGAGAGAGGGAGAGAGAGAGAAUGGAGCAGUCUUAGAGAGAGAGAGAGAGAGAGAAUGGAGCAGUCAGAGAGAGAGAGAAUGCAGCUGUCUUGUGCGAGAAAGAGAGAGAGAGGGAGAGGGAGAGAAUGGAGCAGUCUUGGCGAGAGGGAAAGGGAGAGAGAAUGGAGCAGUCUUGGCGAGAGGGGACAGAGAGAGAAUUGAGCGGUCUUGGAGAGAGGGAGGGAGAGAGAGAAAAUGGAGCAGACUUGGCGAGGGAGAGAGAGAGAAUGGAGCAGUCUUGGCGAGGGAGAGAGAGAGAGAAUGCAGCAGUUUUGGCAUGAGGGGGAGAAAGAGAAUGCAGCAGUCUUGUGAGAGAGAGAGAGAGAGAGAGAGAGAGAGAGAGAGAGAGAGAGAGAGAGAAUGAGAAUGGAGCAGUCUUGUGCGAGAGAUAGAUAGAGAGAGCAUGGAGCGAUCUUGGAGAGAGAGAGAGAGAGAAUAGAGCAGUCUUGGAGAGAGAGAGAGAGAGAAUGCAGCAGUCUUAGAGAGAGAGAGAAUGCAGCUGUCUUGUGAGAGAGAGAGAGAGAGAGAGAGAGAGAGAGAGAGAGAGAGAAUGGAGCAGUCUUGGGGAGAGGGAGAGGGAGAGAGAAUGCAGCAGUCUUGGCGAGAGGGGAGAGAGAGAGAAUGGAGCAGUCUUGGAGAGAGAGAGAAGGAAUGCAGCAGUCAUGGCAUGAGGGGGAGAGAGAGAAUGCAGUAGUCCUUUGCUAGAGAGAGAGAGAGAGACACACACACACAGAGAAUGGAGCAGUCUUGUGCGAGAGAUAGAGAGAGAGAGAAAAUGGAGCGAUCUUGGCGAGAGGGAGAGGGGGAGAGAGAGAGAGAGAGAGAGAAUGGAGCAGUCUUGGAGAGAGAGAGAGAGAGAGAAUGGAGCAGUCUUGGAGAGAGUGAGAGAGAACGCAGCAGUCUUGGCGAGAGGGGAGAGAGAGAGAGAGAACGCAGCGGUCUUGGCGAGAGGGGAGAGAGAGAGAAUGAAGCAGUCUUGGCGAGGGAGAAAGAGAGAAUGCAGUAGUCUUGGCGAGAGGGGAGAGAGAGAGAGAAUGGAGCGGUCUUGGGGAGAGAGAGGGAGAGUGAGAGAAUGGAGCAGUCUUGGCGAGGGAGAGAGAGAGAAUGAAGCAGUCUUGGAGAGAGGGAGAGAGAGGGGGAGAAUGGAGCGCUCUUGGGGAGAGAGAGGGAGAGAGAUAGAGAGCAGCAAUCUUGGCGAGGGAGAGAGAGAGAAAGCAGCAGUCUUGGCGAGAGGGGAGAGAGAGAGAGAGAAUGGAGCAGUCUUGGUGAGAGGGAGAGAGAGAGAAUGGAGCAGUCUUGGCGAGAGGGGAGAGAGAGAGAAUGGAGCAGUCUUGGCGAGAGGGGAGAGAAUGCAGCAGUCUUGUCAUUAGGGGGAGAAAGAGAAUGCAGGAGUCUUGUGUGUGUGUGAGAGAGAGAAUGGAGCAGUCUUGUGCAAGAGAGAGAGAGAGAGAGAGAGAGAAUGGAGCGAUCUUGGCGAGAGAGAGAGAGAGAGAGAGAGAAUGGAGCAGUCUUGGUGAGAGGGAGAGAGAGAGAAUGGAGCAGUCUUGGCGAGAGGGGAGAGAGAGAAUGCAGCAGUCUUGGCGGGAGCGGGAGAGAGAGAAUGGAGUGGUCUUGGAGAGAGAGAGAGAAUGCAGCAAUCUUGGCGAGAGGGGGAGAGAGAGAGAAUGGGGCAGUCUUGUGAGAGAGAGAGAGAGAGAGAGAGAGAAUGGAGCCAUCUUGGGGAGAGGGAGAGGGAGAAAUUGUAGCAGUCUUGGAGAGAGAGGGAGAGAGAAUGGAGCAGUCUUGGCGACGGGGAGAGAGAGAGAAUGGAGCAGUCUUGGCGACGGGGAGAGAGAGAGAAUGGAGCAGUCUUGGCGACGGGGAGAGAGAGAGAAUGCAGCAGUCUUGGCGACGGGGGGAAGAGAGAGAAUGGAGCAGUCUUGUGCAAGAGAGAGAGAAUGGAGCGGUCUUGGAGAGAGGGAGAGAAAGAGAAUAAAGCAGUCUUGGAUGGAGAGAGAGAGAGAGAGAAUGGAGCAGUCUUGGUGAGAGAGAGAGAAUGGAGCAGUCUUGGCGAGAGAGAGAGAGAGAAUGGAUACUAUAAAUUCUUGGCUUCAAACACAGCUCCAGUUCCCCAAGAGCUCCCUUGCUCUCUCAGCCCUGUCUUGGAAAUGCCAGGGAGGGAACUUGGAGCCUUCUAGUCUCGAUCCCCCUAAAGGGAAUAUCUUUCAGUGCUCACACAUCAAGUUUCCCAUUCAUAUGCAACCAGGGCAGACCCUGCUUAGCUAAGGGGACAAGUCAUGCUUGCUACUACAAGACUAGCUCUCCUCUCUUCCCUAUAGCAUAGUGGUUAGAAUGUUUAUCUCAGACCGAGAAGACCCGAGUUCAAAUCCCCAUUCAACCACAAAACUCACUGGGUGACUGUGGGCCAGUCAUGUAUCUCUCAGCCUAACCUACCUCCCAGGGUGGUUGUGAAGUUAAACAUAACCGUAUUCCUUUGAGUUCCUCAGAGGAAAAAGCGGGAUAUAAAUGUAAAAUAAAUAAAUAACUAAGGCUCCCUUUGAACAUCUCAGAUUGAUUUCCCUAAAGUUUAUUUUGUUGAAGGCUUUGUUUCUUGUUUCCAUUAGCUCCAUGUGUUGGAUUUCAGAGCUGGGGGUGCUGUUUACACAUAUGAAACCGUGUCUGAUUUUUCCCUAUUAGAGAACCCAUUCUACCAUGAUCCGCCUAUGGACGGAUCCUACCUUUGUGACUAAAGUUAACUAAUUGUUUCACAGAACACAGAAGCUCAUGCUGCCAUCUUUUUGCCCUAACCCCAGUUCACCUAAGAAGGAGUGGCAUACUCUGGACAUGCACAGGGUAGUUAAGAUUUACCUACGUUGUAUGAAUUGUUUUAGGACCAGAUUUUCACUCUUUUCUCAUUCCAGGACA